CCAUAAGUCCAGUAGUAUAACAAAAAUGGCCGGGGGGUUGUGUGAGAGUUUGCGUGUGUCGGUGAAAAAUAAAGUUCGGUGAAAUUAUGGUGGAGUCAUAAGCUUGCCGACUUGCCAUAUAGAGAUUUUUCUUAUCUAAGGAGACUAUAAGAAGUGGCAGGUGCCUGAACUUCAUACGAAGCAGGGUCAUAGAAAAGUCAUUGGCAAAGCAGCCUCAACAAUUUAUCCUGCUAGAGUGGACUAGUUAGAAAGCAGAUACUAAUCACAGUACUGCAAUCAUGUACUACAACAACACCAUGUAUGACCAAGGGUACAAGCCACGAGGAGGCUACAGAGGGUCACCUCGCGGCAGUAGUGGAGGUGGUGCUCGUGGGGGCCGUGGUGGCUGGGGCGGCUCUGGCGGUAGCUACUACAGUGGUAGUGGUAGUGGUGGCCAGAUCGACUCCUUCAGAGGAGGUCGUGGAGGUGGCUACCGUGGUAGCCGAGGAGGUAUGGGUGGCAUGAGUAGCGGCUACCGUACCAGUGACACUGGUGGAUAUCGUGGUGGCUCCACUGGUGGAUACAGAGGUGGCUUCCGAGGCAGCAUGCAGCAGAGCAGUUACAGUCCUCGUGGCGGUGCAGGCGGAUAUUAUGGUGGCGGAGGAUACCAGCGUGGAGGCAUGCGAGGUUCAAUGGGUGGUGGAUACAGAGGACAGCCUUACAGGGGAGGCAUGGAUCACAGCCGAGGAGGCAUGAUGAAUAAGUUUCACCCACAAAAUCGCCAAGGCUCUGGCGCACCAUAUAGGAAAUCGGAGAUCACAUUAUUUGAAGAGGCAUUGGAUUUGGACCAAAGAAAAAGGAUGGUUAAGCUCACCCUUGAUAAUAAAUUAACCAGAAAAGAUUUUGAGGAGCUCAUGCAGAUGGAAGGAGUCAUUGAUCUCCACAUGAAUGGUCACAUGGUGGCGGACUACCCGGAAGAAGACGAGGACAGAAUGCUGCAAGUGUUCCAAGAAGCUGAAGAAAUAACUCAGAACGGCAUUCCGUGCUACGCAGACUUGACAGGCAGGCGUAGUAAAAAUCACGGCAAGGAAGGUGUUCGUGACUUGAGGAGAGUUGACGUCAGGAAUUUGCCAGAGAAAACCACCAUUGAUAUGGUCAAGGAAGCCUUCCCAAGCGCCUUGGUUGUAUGGAAAAACCAAAAAUUUAACUUCAUUGAGCUAUUAUUUGCGAACGAAGAGGAAGCGUGCGAGGCAAUUUUAAGCGGCCAACAAAAAGAAAUAAACGGCGUGUUGCCGUACGUGAUGUUCCAUAGGGAGAACCAAGCUGAUCUCACAAAACGUCCGCGCGAGGACGACACAACACAGCAGCCAGCUGCAAAGAAGGUUAAGAAGGACGUGGAGGCGGGAGAGAACGAGAACGGAGAAGACGACCAAGUCCAUCAUGAUGCAGAGGAGGAAGAAGAAGAAAAUGGUGGUGACGAAGCGGAGGAAGAAGAAGCCGCCGAAGAGUAGUUACUAAACUUAAUUGCUUCUUUUUACGAAAAUAAUGCGUGUUCCCUUCCGAAGAUCCUUUAUUUUUGCCUGCAAACUCUCUCAAUCAUAUAUCUUCAGGUAUGAGGCGCGAACGGCUCUAUCGUUUGAAAUAUCGUGCACCCAAGUUCUACCUUUCAAUCAUCAAUAACUGAGCAUGCAAGAAGAUUCGUGUUGUUCUUAUGUUACUAUAAAUGACAUUGGUCUCUAUGGUAAACGCAUGUUACGGUAGUUUUACCUAUUCAUGCGUGCUGCAUAUGACGUUAGAUAACCAGAACUUGAUUGAAAUGACAAUUCAAGGUACAGACCUGGUGACUGUUGAGCAGUGUUACCAACUUGUCGUAUCAUCUGUGCACCAUACGAGUCAUCAAUAUAAAUGUUAGGGUGUGGAAUCUGAUUCUGCAAUGUAACAUAGUCGUAUGUCCUGAUGUCCUCAUCCUAGCGCGUGUGCUGCCUGACAUUGUGAACGGUUGUCUGGAAUGUUUUUAUUUUACUAGAAUUAGAUAGUGCGUUAAACUCAUUCGUAUUGAAGAUCAUCUCCGGGGAAUAUCUUGUAAAUGAACAUUCAGUCGUAUAGAGAGUAAUUGCAUAUGAUAAGCGACACCCGUUGACUCCACGUAAUCGUGGAGGCAAUCUCACUUUACCGGAGGUUUCAAUACCUUAUUCGCGUGUUAUUUAUUCAUACAUUUUGUGUUUUAAAAUUCCAUCGGCUAUGAGAAAAUUAAUUAGGAAUUAAUAUGCAUUAUAAAAUUGCAAUUAUUUGCCUAUGCAGUAAUUUGAAGUAUUGAAAUGUCCAUUUCUUUUCAUCCUUAACAAAACUUUAUUCGGCGUAUGGAAUUAUUGGGGGAUCUUUAUGAAUCGAUUCAAACGUAUAACAUUCUUUACAUUGCUCUCUGCUUUGGAUGAUAGUAUUAUUAGUGACUGGUAACUCGACAACGAAACGUCACGAUGUAAUGACCGAUCAUUGUAAUAUGGUCGUUCGAAAGACAAAUUUUUCUGGUAAUUUUUAUUUAUGUGAACAUUAAUAGUACACGUUAAUUUUUGCUAUCAUUAAGCUUUUAACUAUAAUUGUAAACGAAAGUACAGAAAACCUACAAAUUU